GCCCUCGUGUGAAAGCCACAAUGACGCCCAUAUCCUGAUGAUUUCUUGGUUCAUUGAACGCUACAAGAACUUUUACGAAUCCUUUUCUGUCAGUCACUGUCACUGUCACUCUGGUAAGAAUAGAGGUUCUUGGAGAUGGGCUUCAACUCUGUUUAUCGAUGCUUGCAGGAAAUAUUUCCAAUGGUUGAUUCUCGCUUGCUGAGGGCUGUUGCUAUUGAAAAUUCCAAGGAUGCUGACCAAGCUGCACUUGCUGUUCUUAGUGAGAUUAUCCCUUAUUUUUCCCUUCAUUCCAUUGGUCCUUCUAAUCCUCCUGAGAAUGAUAAUGGAAUUAGGAAGCAGAUGGACUUGUUGAGCCAGCAGCAAGUAAUUUUCACAGCAGAUGUGGGGCCCUCUUUAGAACCAUGUCCAAUAGCUUGUGGUGAUGCCAAGGAGACUGACCAUAGCUCUGGUGUUCUUCAUGCUGAUGCAACACCUAUAGUUGAGGCGCUGAAUGAAUCUACAGUUUCAGAUAUUUAUGAUGCAAAUAAAGUUAAAAAUCAGCCAUGUGGAUGUACUGAAAAUGAUGAAGUGAUUUUAUUGGAAAAUGCAAUGUUGCAUGGAGGAAAGAAUUAUCAGAAACAAUUUUGUGGCUAUACUAAGGGUGAGGAUCUGAUUUCUCGGGGAAAUGCUAUCAAAAUUGAGUUAGGGAUGAACCCCCCUGGCAUGACCACACCUUUGAUAAAUGAAAAGGGUGCUGUCAAGGUCAUUGCAAAUGAUCUGGAUCUUGAUAGGAAAGAUUUUGACUUUCCUAUGGAUGAUGACUCUAAUAUGGUUGUCCAUGGAGAAUGCCAGAAAGAAGAAUUGUGCUUAGAUAGCUCUGAGGUGAGAAAAUCUGUGCCUAUGCCGGUUCCAACAUCUAUCAAAGAACAUACUCUGUUGGCUAGUGGUUCCUCUGAUGUCACUUUCAGGCAAGACUAUUUUGACAGUGAAAUGAAUGGUGUUGAGGAUGAGCCAAAACCGGACACCAUAGUUACCCAUUCUGACCAAGAAUGUAAAAUUCAUCUUGUUGAAGAGAUCAUUGUACAUGCCAAAAAUAACAAGAAGGAAUUAAAUGGUAAACAGAUGAAACUAUCUGGAUCCCGAGAUGAGAAUGAAGGUUCAAGAGCUGAAGUGGAAGCUAGUUCAAUGCCUGGCAACAAGUCAGCUGAAGAAAGCACUAAACCUUCUGAGCCACCCAAGCAAGACUAUAUUCAUGUGAGAGCGAGAAAGGACCAAGCUACUGAUAGCCAUAGUCUAGCAGAGAGGGUAAGGAGGGAGAGUGAGAGGAUGAAAAUUCUCCAAGAUUUGGUCCCUGGAUGUAAUGAGGUUACUGGAAAAGUCGUUGUCCUUGAUGAGACAAUUAAUUACAUCCAGUCGCUGCAACGCCAGGUUGAGUUCCUCUCGAUGAAGCUUGGAGCAGUUAAUUCAAGGAUGGGUAUGAACCCCGCUAUUGAGGGCUUUCCUCCGAAAGAUAAAACCUUGCUUUCAGCCAUGGAGAGAGUGAUCAACAUGAUGAGAGAAAUGGAAUUCCAGGAGAAAGCUGCAGAGCAAGCCAAAGCGGAAGCUUGUCGGGGAGGGCUGGAUAUUCUGGUCAGGGUGGAAGAAAUAAAACAAAUGUUGGCACAUGCAAAGGAAGCAAAUAACAUGCAUGCAGGAGAAGUGUAUGGAGAGAAGGCAAUUUUAGCAACUGAAGUGAGGGACCUUCAAUCUCGGCUGCUCAGCAUGUCUGAUGAAAGGGAUGGAUCCCUUGCAAUACUUGACGAGAUGCACCUAACUCUAGAGGCACGAGUAGCCACAGCAGAAGAGUUGAGGAAAGCAGCUGAGCAGGAAAGGAUAGAAAAAGAAGAGUCCGCUCAAAAUGCUCUUGCCGUACAAGAAGCAAUCAUGGAGAAGGUCGUUCAGGAGUCAAAGAUGCUAGAAGAUGAGGCAGGGGAGAAUUCCAGGUUACGGGAGUUUCUGAUGGACCGAGGUCGAAUUAUCGAUAUGCUGCAAGGAGAGCUUUCCGUCAUAUGUCAGGAUGUGAGGCUGCUGAAAGAGAAGUUUGAUAACCAUGUUCCAUUAAGCCAAUCAUUUUCCUCUAGCCAGACUAGUUGCAUCUUAGCUACUACUGAAAGAGAAGUUUAUGUGAAAAACGAGGCAUCUGAUCUGGUUCCUGAGCACAGGUUAGCUUCCUCAGGCUCUUCCCUCAAAAGCGUGGCGGCGCCUGUUUUGGUUCCUAAGACAAUUAGCCCGACAACCUCCGAUGACAGCCUAUCAGUGGACAGCAGAAUUGAAAAGGAAAGAGCUAGAGCUGAACACCAAGCUCUUUUGGAUGAAGGGUGGGAUUUCUUGGACACAGAUGCAGAAUUGGAGAGCUAAGUUGCAGAUAUUGUGAAUACUACGGUAUAUAUCUAAUAGAAGUUAUUUACAAGAUACGUACGUGCAAGUGGUCUUUCAAAACCUUUUUUUUUUGCAUUUCCAUUCACUGAUUAUGAUUUUAUUAUGGCCCUGAGGGGAUUGUGUACUAUUUUCAUAUGCAGUGAAUUGGUAGCAAUUUGCUUCCUUCGGGUUGUGUUUGUACAGUGCAAAUGUAAGACAUGGAGAGUUUAUUGGAGUGUUAAUAAUAAUUUUAUUAGAGUCAACUGAGAUUGCCAGCAAA